CUGAUUCUGGCUAUUGCAAAAAAAUUACCAGGAUAUCGGCACUAUUCUGGAGUGAUUGAAAAAAUUUUAAAACAGCAUCAUAAGACGCAGCCUCAGACAGCAACAAUAAAUGCUGAUCCAAAAUUAAAGGCCUACAAUCCUGCCAGAAUGGGAAAAAAUAGUAAGGUGAAUAAG